AUGUCCAAGGAUGCUACCGUUCUGGUGCUGGACAUCACCCUCUCCCGUGCAGCGGCGCUGGAGGAGGCGUGUGACCUGUGCACCAGAAUUCUCACGGACAAGAUGGUAUACUCACCGUUGGACGAGGUGGCGGUUAUUCUAGCUGGCACAGAGAAAUCUCGAAGCGCCCUGUACGACCAGUCUGGACAGGCGCGGUACCAGCACAUCACAGUGGCCGUGGAACUCGGACCGGCAACGGAGAAGAUCCUCGUACCUAUUGCCGCUACUCGCGCAGGUGUCGUUGCGCUGCCUGGGGGCGCCACUGUGCAGCGGCCUAUCACGGAGGCGUAUGACUUCAUCGACGCCCUUCAGGUGGCGGUGGCGCUUCUGCAGGCGCGCACCAGUCAGAGGAGGUGCAACCGCUGCAUUUACCUCCUCACAGACGCCCGCCACGAGGUGCGGCACAAGGAGGACCUGCUUUUUCUCAUCGAUGCCUUGCAGCACGAUCAGAUAACGUUGGUGGUGAUUGGGUUCGACUUUCAGGCGCUGCCAGCAGGCACUGCCUCACAGGAGGAGUGUGACGAGUCCUCCACGGGUGACACUAGCGCGUGGGUCGGGCUCGACAGGAAAGCACAAAACGAGAAAGUACUCGGGGCGCUGUGCACCGAGCUGGGGCCGCCGAGUACACUAAUCAGCCCCGCGGAGGCGCUGGACCGUCUCUCGCUGCUGCACUGUCGAAAGAUCCGGCAGCAGCCCAUGUUCAAGAUUGCGCUUCGCAUCGGUGACGUGCGACUCGCCACACAGCUGUUCACUCUCACGCAGGAGGAGCGGCUGCCGGCGCUGCGUCGGAGCACCCAAGACGGCGCGGAUGUGGUGCAGAGCGUCGAGUACGUCACACCCAGCGAUGUGGACGAGCAACCGCGUGCCUUGGCAAAGGAGGAGCGGAUGGAAGUGUUCUUCUUCGGCGCCGAUCGCGUCUCGUGCAGCGAGGCCGAUCGAGAGGAGAUGAAGGUAAAGGGCCCACGCGCGCUAGAGGCGAUCGGGUUCGUCGGGGAGACGGAGGUGGAGCCGUGUCUGCUGAUGGGCGGCACACGCGCGCUGCUGCCGCUGGCGGGCGACCAUGCCGGACAGCGCGGUUUCAACGCCUUGGUGGACGCCAUGGUAUCCAGCGGCAAGGCGAUGCUCGUGCGACUCGUGCGCACGGCACACGCCACUCCGUUGCUGUGCGUGUGUUUUGCGCGGGUGGCAGAGACGGCUUCGGGGCAGCGCCACUUGGUGCUGGCACCUCUCCCGUUUGCCGAGGACAUGCGAGCCCUUCGCUUCUCCGAGUACCCGGAGGUGCGGUUCAGUAAGGCGGAAGAGCAGCUGAUGGACGAGCUGAUCGACGGCCUCUCCGUCGAUGGCUCGGUGCUGGCGCCUCAGGACACCUUCAACCCGGUUCUACAGCAGUACUACGCCACCUUGCAAGCCAAGCUGCUCGCCCUAAAUGCCUCAGACGAGAAAAGCAACACGAAGGUGCCCUCGUCCGAAGCGGCGGUGCCGCAAUUGCUGCCUCUGCUGAGGGGGACCUCCACAGACUUCUUCGCGGAGGGCAGCAGUGUGUACGAGGCGGUGUCAGCGCACCGGUCCGCCCUUGCGUCUUGCGCAAGCGCGUUCCCGUACGAAGAGGAGUUGGAUGCACUCUUGCCAGGGAGCAAAGGCGCAGGCUGGAGUGAAAAGUCGUGGUACCAAAGCCUGACGCCGUCAUCAUCACUGAUGGCCACUGAAGCCGGCGUGCCGCCGUCCGCAACACAGGGGUCUGGCGGUGCUCCGUCCACAAUCGCCGCUGCCAUUAUCAGAGACUUGAAGUGCAGCGCGGAGGCGGACAACGCGUCUGCCGGCAGCCACGCCACGUCGGAGGCAGCGAGCAUCUCCACUGCCCCACAUGACAUCAUGAGCGGUGAUCCCUCAUUCGUGAUUACAUCCGUUGACCCGGUGGGUACUUUCUCCAUGGUUGUGCGCAACCCUGCGGCAACGGAGGCACAGCUGAACAAGGCGAAGGACGACCUCAGCAACCUCAUUUGGGAGCUCCUGCACAGCAGUGUAAAGGGUGCCUUCUACCGCAAGUGCAUGGCCUGCAUUAUGGCCCUCCGCCAGUUCUGUGUGACACAGGAUGACGCCGCCUACUACAGCGACUUUCUGCUCAAGUUGGCGGUAGUCGCACAGCAGUGCGGCCGCGAUGCCGAUUUCUGGAUUCCGUACGUGGUGGAGCGGAAGGACAGCGCCAAUGUGUGGCCCAUCACGGCACAGGAGUGCAAGUCUGCCAGUCUGCCAGACGACACAGCUGCCGAGUCUUUCCUGCAGAAGAUCCACUUGGAUCUCGCCAUCGCCCUCGAUGAUGUGACCGACGCUGAUGACUGA